UUUCCUGUUUCCAUCCAAACUGCAGCAACGUGAGAAUUCCGGAAAUACAGUUUGUAGAGAGCGUUGUUCUAUUUCUUUCUAAAAAUGGUCCGUAAAUUGAAAUACCAUGAACAAAAAUUGCUGAAGAAGGUGGAUUUUAUUAACUGGGAGGUAGAUAACAACCUCCACGAGGUGAAAGUGUUGCGGAAAUACCACAUCGAGAAGAGGGAAGACUACACUAAGUACAACAAAUUGAGUCGCAAUAUACGAGACCUGGCCCAAAAAAUUCGAGACCUGGACGAGAAAGAUGGCUUUAGAGCUCAGAGCACACAUCGACUACUGGAAAAACUGUACGGCGUUGGACUAAUCCCCACAAAACAGAAUCUGUCCCUUACAGAGAAGGUCACAGCAUCCUCCUUCUGCAGGAGGAGACUACCCUGCGUGAUGCUGAGGCUCCGUAUGGCUGAGAACCUAAAAACCGCCAUCACCUUUAUCGAGCAAGCGCAUGUACGUGUCGGCCCUGAGAUUGUCACAGAUCCAGCAUUUCUUGUCACAAGAAACAUGGAAGAUUUUGUUACCUGGGUGGAUUCAUCCAAAAUCAAACAGCAUGUCAUGAAUUAUAAUGAUCAGAGAGACGACUUUGACAUGUUGGCUUAAAUCUUUCAUCAUGUUCUUCAAAGAGGAGCGGCUACAGCUGAAAUAUUUUACUGGAGGCAAGCUAAGUCUUCCCGCUACACUCAACAACAUGAGCAAGGACUCUACAGUCGCAAUCAUUUUUAAUAUAGUGAAAAAAAUGUACAUCUUAUUUGUGAUGCAUUAAAAUAUAUAUUGGUGUAUCAAGCUGCUCAACACCACAAGAGUUCCUGAGAUGCUGUUUUCUUUGAACCUGAGCAGACUUCUGAUACUUGGUACAGAGAUAAAGCUAUCGAUGCUUGGUUUUGAUUGAUACAUUUUUUUGGGAACAAAACUGAUUUAU